AACCAUUUGAGACUAUAACACAACAAUUGUCAGGUGCCACAUAUCUAACUUUAAAUAUAGUUUAUCCAUAUAUAUACAUAUUAAAACAAAUGUUUUCACCAAGAGUUGAAAAUGAUGAAACAAUUGAUAGCUAUUUAGAUAUAAUCUAUGGGCUUUUAAUAGUAGAAGAUAGUUUGGAAAAUAUUGAUAAUAGUAGUGAUUCAAGUUCUACUAGUUUGGUUUGUGGUCAUGGUCAUAGAUGCAUAUCUAAUCAGGAUGUGAGUGAAAAUUCUAAUCAAAUUAAAUACCUACCAUCAGUCAAUACCGAAAAUCUCAUCCAAAAACAAGGCUUAGUGAAUGAAAAUCUUGAAGAGCCAAUUUUGACAACAGACUUGACUGACAAUGCUGAAGAUGUAUUUUCAAGAAUGUGGGUUGAUAAUCAAAUACAAACACAAGAUGAAAUCACCUGUUAUUUAUGGUAUCCUAAAGAACCAAAAAAUGUUGAUCCUUUAAUUUGGUGUGAAAGACUUUUUUCUGACACAGGAAAUAAUAUUUCGGCAAAAAGAACUCGAUUAGCACCUAAUUUAGUUAAUCGAAUUUUGUUUUUAAAGCAGAAUAGCAUAUACUUCCUUAUGUUUCCACCUUUGGAAAAUGACAAAUAA